AUGCCAGAUCUGCAGCGCUUUAGUUUUUCAUACCAUAGCAUGAAUCCUUUGUUGGGGGCCAAUACGCAUCUCCAACAGCAUCCGCAGCAGAGCCAGGCUCCCGGACACCCAGACUCUCCCUCAGGCCUCCUGCCCGACACCGUUUUCGGUGGACCGGACCCGGCGUCUUUUCUUCUGGGUGAGCAGCCCGGCUCGGGGCCUGAUCAGCCGGGGCCUGACUUCACCGCACCCUCACAGACCUCACCUUUCCUCCACCACAACCCCAGCAGCCACUACCAGCACCGCGCUGUGCCGCAUCCUCCCGCAGCCAUGGCUCUCAGAAACGACUUGGGAUCCAACAUCAGCGUCCUCAAAACUCUCAACCUGAGGUUCAGAUGCUUUUUGGCAAAAGUGCACGAAUUAGAGCGCAGAAAUAAGAUUUUAGAGAAGCAGCUGCAGCAGGCGCUGGAUGCCAACAAGGGCUGUCAAGGUGGAUGCUGUGAGAGCAGGGCGCAUACCCAGGAGGCAGGUGUGCAGACCGGAUUUGUGGGGACCAUAUCGCUCAGGCCUGGCUCCCUCCCCUUCCACAACACCAACAACUCGGCCAGGAGGCCUACAACACUGUUCACAUCACCACUCACAACAACCCUCCCACCUGCAGCUGCGGAAAACUCCAGUUCAACCCAAACAAAUACUACUUGCAACCCAGUCAUCACCAUCAGCCAGUCCUCUCCCUGUGUGGACUCCCCUGGCUCUGGCUCUAAAACUGCCCCCAACACCAUCGCAGGACAGGGGGGCUCCACCAACCCUCCGCCACGGUUCCUACCGGGCACCAUCUGGUCCUACAACCAUACCCGCAAGUUUGGCCCCGGUGCAGAACGUCUGACCAGCCCAGGAGUGUCCUGGGUGCACCCUGAUGGAGUCGGGGUCCAGAUUGAUACCAUCACCCCUGAGAUAAGAGCCCUGUAUAAUGUCCUGGCCAAAGUGAAGAGGGAGAGAGACGAGUACAAACGCAGAUGGGAAGAAGAAUAUACUAUGAGGAUGGAUCUGCAACAGAAAAUUACGGACCUACAAGAGGACCUGCAGGAGAGUGAAGGCUGUCAGGACGAGCUGGCUCUCAGAGUUCAGCAGCUGAAGGCAGAACUGGUUCUCUUCAAAGGCCUCAUGAGCAAUAACCUGUCCGAGUUGGACAGUAAGAUCCAGGAGAAAGCCAUGAAGGUAGACAUGGACAUCUGUCGCAGGAUCGAUAUCACCGCUCGUCUCUGUGACGUAGCUCAGCAGAGGAACUGUGAGGAUGUGAUCCAGAUGUACCAGGUUCCUAACAACCAAUCAUCCCUAAACUGCCGCCGGAAACAAACCCCCCUGUCCUUCAACGGGAGUGAAUGUGACGAACCUGUGAGCACGUCAGAAAGUGAUGGGGGCGUGGUCAAAGAGGAAGAGCACUGUGGUUCAUCAGCCAAUCAGAUCAAUGAAGAGAUGCAGAGGAUGCUGAACCACCUGCGGGAAUGUGAGUUUGAGGACGACUGUGACAGUCUGGCGUGGGAGGAGACUGAAGAGACGCUGCUUCUUUGGGAGGACUUCCCAGGAUGCACUCUGCCUCCUGACCCUACCCACCCACCUGGAGAGGAGGAUUGUCUGGAAAAGGUGAUUAAUGACACCGAAUGUCUUUUCAAGUCCCGAGAGAAGGAAUACCAGGAGACGAUUGACCAGAUUGAGCUGGAACUGGCCACAGCAAAGAGUGACAUGAACCGACAUCUGCAUGAGUACAUGGAGAUGUGCUCGAUGAAGAGAGGCCUUGAUGUUCAGAUGGAGACCUGCAGGAGACUCAUCACACAGAGUGGAGACAGUAACCCUGCAGCACCUGUGUCCACUGAGGACAGUGACCAAAGAGAGAGCGACAGGUCUUCAGCGUCUCCACCAUCUUCCUCAAGCGCUGGGAGAUCUUGACACUUCCUCACUCCGGCAGCAAUGGCGGCUGCGGGCAUGUGAACUCCACUGCAUCCAGCUACAGUACCACACCUACGCAAUACACACCUGUAGCUAUGGCAACACCAUGUUUACAUAUGGACCUCUUCAUUUACUAAGUCACACUGUUUAUUCUUCCUGCUGGCCACGCAAAUCAGCUUUGUGUCUGGAUUUUUGUCAUUACUACGCUAUGCAGAUGUCACUGCCCUGCAGAGGUGAGAGGUCUUCUCGUAGUUGGACCCUGUCAUCUUGUGUGUGACAGCAGUAGUUAAUCUUAUGAUUGUGCUGUGAAGAUUCAGAAGGUUGCAGAUUCUGAUUUUUUUAAGUCAUUGGGCUGAUGUCCUUGUUGUGUGGUGACAGCACAGUGCUGUAGGCUACAGGAAAGCAUAUUAUUAUUAUAUUAUUAUUCACUCCACACACAAUAAACAAACCAACAAACCAUCUGAAGCUCAUCAAGCAAAUACCUGUUGUAAGGCCAACCCCCACACAGAUUUACAGGCUGACAAUUAACCUUCUACCAGUGAACAAAUGAAACAAACAAAACAGACAGGAGGUCAAUUUGAGUCAUGCAACAAAGGUUGUUCGGUAUUGAUAAUGAUGAUCUUGAGUCUUUAAAGUCUUAUAAGAUGUCAUAAUUCAGCAUUUUACUGCCUUACAGCUGCGGAUUCUGAGCUUACUUUGUAUCUGUAUACUAACAGAUCAAACCACAUGCAGCGCAAAGCUUAAGUCAUAAAUAAAACAUAAGAUCUGGGCUUUAUUUAGCAAAACAUAAAGCGGAAAAAUUCUAAUAAAAAAUAUUAAUCAUAACAUUAGUUGUGUGUAUAUUGGAGCAGCAGAGUUGUGUCUCAUGCCUCCUCCUUGCCAAUAUAAAUUAGGUACAAAACAGUCAAAAGGAUGUUCGGUCUUGGUGGUGUGUCGUAAUGACAUCAUUUAUUUAUCUGCUGUGAAUUAGCUGAAUCCAAACAGGAUUUUAAGGGAGGCAUCCACCAGUUAAACAGUUUUACCAUGUUAUCCAUCGCUGACGUACUGUGGAUUUCCUAGCUCAGUAAAUGUAGCAUUAAACCUGUGAAUAAAUGGACAAAAUAGCUCAUUGUGUCACACUUUACCCACUGCAAUAACUAAGUUAACAAUACAUUUUAAGCAUUGGCUGUAAGCAUCAUUUUGGUGGAGCUCAAACCACACCGACAGUGCAUCCUCGUACACAGAGAAAACCCUCCUAGAAUAGAAACCAACCUCAGUUUGUCAGUGGGAACUGUUGAAAAUGAAUCUUGACAAUAGCAAAGUAGGAGCAGAUGAAGCAUUUUUAAGGAAAGUCAGAACACCAACAAGGUUUACAACAUUUACAACAUUUCAUAACAAAAAAAAAACAAACAAACAUGAAAUGCAUUAAACGUCACAGGUAGAACUGUUGGAGGUGUGUAUUUUCUAUUAUGGUGCUUCAUAAGAAUCCUAAAGGUGCGUGAGAGGGAAGCAUGUUUGUUUUCAGUUUUAAAUGUCACCAAAGUCUCUGUUCAGAUUCACUCUGCACCCUCAUGAAACUGAUGUGGAGUUUGUGUUGGCUCUUCGUUCUGUGUCACAGACAACUACUGUAUGAAUGCUGUAGUAUAAUGCUUAGAUUAGGGUCGGGUCCCGUGUUGCUCGAGCAGAGCCGCACGCUUGAGCAGAAUCGCUGUAAGGAUAGUAACAGGAGCACAAAAGGGUAGUCAUGAAAUAAUGUAUGUUAGCCAUUGAGUGCCAAAAUAAAAUUGUCAGAUUAUGAUUCAACAGAAAAUUGCUGUAAAAAAAAAAAAAGAAUGACUAAAUAUAGCUGCCGAAGCUAUUUCACCAAGGUGCUUGAUGUAUAUAACUAAACCUAUUUUUGAGCCUGUAAACAUUUGCACAUAGAAGGGAAGAGCAAAGCAAAAGUGUAUAUGAAACAAUCAGCACUAUUACUUGUAAAACAAAAAAUGUUGACACGCUGGAAAUAGAAAACUAUAUUUCUUCUAUUCAUAUUUAUCAUCUUUUACAUAUUGCAGGUGGGGUACUAGAAUAAGAAAUUAACACAAACACAUACCUCAUUUUUACUUUCUUUAUGUUUUUUGCUGUGCACAUUUAGCCAUGAACUUUAACUCCAACGCACUGCUACAGUAAAACAUACGUGUAUUAACACACUGUGGGGACUUGUCACCGUCAGGGGAACGCCCCCUGCCAUCACCGCUCUAUUAUCAGACACAAUAUAGUCCUGGCUGUAGUUUCUUCUGUGUGGUUGAACCAGGUGAAAUGUAUUUCUUCUGCUUCUCCUCCAACUCGCACUUCAAGACUUUGUUUCAAUAAUAGAGACGGUUGGGGGACAUAUUUGAAGCUUGUAUAAACCUGUGCAUGUGUGGCUGUUGGAAUCAGCUGAAUGCUAACUGCGGCAUUUCACUACUGUUUGAAUACAGAAGGAGGAUGUCAGAGAUGAAUGGUGUGAGACGUAAAACACACCAUUUCCCUUUGUAUAGGUUUACUUUCACGCACGGAGUGAGUCUCUAUGUAUGCAUGUGCCAGUGUGUAUGUUUUUGGGUGUUUACGUCUGUAUAGUGAGUGUUUUUAAAAAGACUUACUGGGGCAAAUGUACAACAUGAAGAAGAAGGAAACAUUACAAGUUCAAUUCGAUGUUCAACUGUGAUGUUCAAAAGAAAUUUUGACUUUGAGACUGAGCUGUCUUUCGACAAUAAUCACCUCGAAAAUUGUACAUAUUUAAAUCAAAUGACAAUGGAGUGCUUUUUCCAUUGGUACUCUUUCUUUAUGAGUGUAUGAGGUUGCCGAAUAAAGUCAAUUUAAAAAUAACUCGAGUUUAAACAAAAAAGAACUACUGAAAUGCAAAUGCUUUAGCGAAAUGACUGUACGAUGGCUUUGAUAAUAUAUGUGUAAAGGAACUAUAGCUUUGAAUAUAUACUUGUGUUCAAAGACUGCAGAGGGAGAACGUCCACAGUCACACAUCUGAAAAGAAACUUCUCAGAGUUUUGAAUUAAAAUAUGACCUGUUUGCUCUCUUUAUCCCACAAAAUCAUUUCAUUCAAUUUGUGUCACAUAACAAUUUGCAGAUAAUCCUGAAUAUUGAUUGAGUACUCCAGAUGUGUGACUAUGCAGCUUUAAACAUCAAGACGGUAAUCUCGGCUAAAAAGCUUCGCCGCAGAGCUACAGUAUGUAAUGUGUCAA